ACAUCGCUCGGAGCACAUGGCCUGUGAGGAGAACGUUCAAGCCAAAGUGGUGGUAGAGAAGACAUGGCCUCAUUCCAUAUCUGCCACUACAAAUCCACCUUCCAAUCAAAGGCCCACUCUCCUCCAAAUCAAUCCCCACCUUCCAUCCUAACAAGUCAAGUGGCUCUUAUCUCCAAAUACACCCCCUACAAACCCAAUUGUACCAAAUUCAACAUAUCCAUCCGUCCAAAACACACCCAAAUCUACAACCAUGUCGAUCAGUCCAUCGAAUCAUCAUCCACCGCACACGAAUCGCCCUUGACGAUCGGGAUCGUUGGAUUCGGAAACUUCGGGCAGUUCAUCGUGAAGGUGCUGAAGAGACAAGGCCACAAUGUUCUAGCAACGUCCCGAUCGGAUUACUCGGACUACUGCCAGCAGCACGGGAUCGAAUACUUCCGUGAUGUCGACGGGUUAUGCUCCCAACAGCCAGAUGCGAUAUUAGUGUGCUGUUCGAUAUUGUCGACGGAGAGUGUCAUUCGAAAAAUCCCAAUUCACAAGCUCAAGCCCAACACCAUUUUCGCAGAUGUGUUGUCUGUCAAAUUGUUUCCGAGGAAUCUCUUUCUAGAGGUUCUUCCGCCGGGGUUUGGGAUAGUCUGCACGCAUCCGAUGUUUGGUCCGGAGAGUGGAAAACAUAGCUGGGCUGGAUUGCCGUUCGUCUACGACAAGGUCCGAAUUACAGAGAAUAGUAUCCAAGAACAGAAAUGCAAUCAGCUGUUGAGUAUUUUUGAGAAGGAGGGAUGCCUAAUGGUGGAAAUGUCCUGUGAAGAACAUGACCGACAUGCCGCAGGCAGCCAGUUCAUAACUCAUACAAUUGGAAGGAUCUUGUCCCAUCUCAAUUUGGAGUCUACACCCAUCAGCACAAAAGGAUACGAGACUCUCUUGCAACUGACUGAAAAUACGGUCAGCGAUAGCUUUGAUCUCUACUAUGGCCUAUUCAUGUACAACGUGAACGCCACCGGGCAGAUUGAGAAUCUUGACAGAGCUUUGGAGACAGUGAAACAAAAGCUAUUUGGGAGGCUACACGACAUACUGAGAAAGCAAAUCGUAGAGAGGGUGCCAAUGCAAGGGCUGGCCCACAAGAAAAGGGAAGUCAGUACUUCUACAGCAUACUUCUUACCUAACACCCACGGAAUCAAGGACCUUAAUUCCUUAGCCAUGCCUUCUCCACCACGUGAACGCAAGGAGGAGGCUGUCCCACUUGCUCCUGAUUGA